UGAAAUUUUAUUCGAUUUACUACUGAAUUUUUCAUUUCAGUCCAUAGAAAAGUGAUGUACAUCGCGAGUGCGGUAAUUUUGCUUGUCAUUGUCUCGUUAGCGGUGGCAAUUCCCUUAAAUUCCGUUAGUGAGAAAAUUCCGUUCAAGGGAAGUUCAGUUUUGGAUGAGGUCCCGCUGAUUGACGGUCAUAAUGAUCUUCCUUACAACAUUUACCGGUUGGAACAUGAUCGCUUGAAGAACUUUAGUCUCGACUCGGACUUGACCAAACAUCCGGAAUGGGGAAAAUUGGCUUCGAGUCAUACGGAUUUGCCUCGAAUGCGACGCGGAAAGUUGGGAGGGCAGUUUUUCGUCGCUUUUGUCGGUUGCAAUAGCUUAGACAAAGAUGCCGUUGAACUGACGAUGGAUCAAAUCGAUGUCAUUAAGCGACUGAUAAAAGCUUAUCCGGCGGAUUUGCAGUACGCCGAUAGUGUCGAAGGAAUUUGGAAUGCAUUUAAUAGCAAAAAAAUCGCCAGUAUGAUUUGCGUUGAAGGCGGUCAUUCGAUGGACAAUCGACUCGGGGUGUUGCGACUGUACUAUGAGAUGGGAGUGCGCUAUAUGACACUUACGCACAGCUGUACACUGCCAUGGGCCGAUGCAAGUCCCGUAGACGACGCGACGACGACAUCGCUGAUAACGAAGCAUAAUUUGACGCAGUGGGGCAAGACGGUCGUUCUGGAAAUGAAUCGCUUGGGAAUGAUGGUCGAUAUUUCGCAUGUGAGCAAGGGUGUGAUGCUCGAUGCAAUUCACACGUCACGUGCGCCCGUUAUUUUCAGUCAUUCGUCGGCGUGGGCAGUUCACAAGCACCAUCGGAAUGUGCAGGAUGACGUGUUGCGGGAGUUGCGCUUGAAUGGCGGAAUAAUUAUGGUGAAUUUCUAUCCGGAGUUUAUUGGAAAUAAUACGCUUGAUAGAGUUAUUGAGCAUUUGAACCACAUUCGAAGCGUAAUUGGCACUGAUCACGUUGGAAUUGGAGCAGACUACGACGGCGUAGACAAGACUCCAGUUGGCUUAGAAGAUGUCAGCAAAUAUCCCGCCCUUUUUGACAAACUCGCCGAAUCUGGUCACGGCUUCCAACCUUGGACCGAAGAAGAAUUAAAAAAAUUAGCUGGACUCAAUUUAUUGCGCGUCAUGAAGAAUGUCGAGGACGUUCGUGACUCCCUCAAGCAUGAAUUACCUUACGAAGAUCUCAUCCCGUAUGACGACUUGGUGCGCGAUAAUCCAACGCAAGGAUGUCGCACGGAUCUCGAUUCGUACAAAGAUGGUCCGGAAAACUUUGAAACCGCCCUAAAAAUGCUAAAUCCACAAUAAUUUCAUGUUUUUUCGCGUGUAAAGUGAACUUUACGACGACGCUUUAAAAAAAAAAUACAAAUUUUCUAUAAAA